GAGCGCACUGGGCGCGGGAGGCGCGCAGAGCUCUCGGCCGCUGCGCUCGCGGCGCCUGGGGAAUUGGGCUGUGGGCGAGGCGGCCGGGUUGGCCUUUAUCGCUCGCCCGGCUCGUCCUCGGAAACUUUAUCAGCGAGUCUCGCCACUCGCUGCAGACCGAGCGUGGGGGGCGGGGGCGCGGCGCGGCGCUGGCGGCGGUGACCAGGCGCUCCCGGGGCUGAGCGCCUCUGCUCGGGGCACGCAUGGCGCCCGCACACGGAGUCUGACCUGAUGCGGACGCAAGGGGGUUAAUAUGAACGGCCCUCUCGGUGGAAUCUGGCUCUGGCUCCCUCUGCUCUUGACCUGGCUCAGGCCUGAGGUCAGCUCUUCAUGGUGGUACAUGAGAGCUACAGGCGGCGCCUCCAGGGUGAUGUGUGACAAUGUGCCAGGCCUGGUGAGCCGCCAGCGGCAGCUGUGCCACCGACACCCAGACGUGAUGCGUGCCAUUGGCCUGGGCGUGGCAGAGUGGACAACGGAGUGCCAGCACCAAUUCCGCCAGCACCGCUGGAACUGCAACACCCUGGACAGGGACCACAGCCUCUUCGGCAGGGUCCUGCUCCGAAGUAGUCGGGAAUCUGCCUUUGUUUACGCCAUCUCCUCAGCUGGAGUUGUAUUUGCCAUCACCAGGGCCUGUAGCCAAGGAGAAUUAAAAUCCUGUUCCUGUGAUCCAAAGAAGAAGGGCAGUUCCAAGGACACCAGGGGCACCUUCGACUGGGGCGGCUGCAGUGAUAACAUUGACUAUGGGAUCAAGUUUGCCCGCGCGUUCGUGGAUGCCAAGGAGCGGAAAGGCAAGGACGCCAGAGCCCUGAUGAACCUGCACAACAACAGGGCUGGCAGGAAGGCUGUGAAGCGGUUCUUGAAGCAAGAGUGCAAGUGCCACGGCGUGAGUGGUUCCUGUACGCUGAGGACGUGCUGGCUGGCCAUGGCCGACUUCAGGAGGACGGGCGACUACCUGUGGAAGAAGUACAACGGGGCCAUACAGGUGGUCAUGAACCAGGACGGCACUGGCUUCACUGUGGCCAACAAGAGGUUUAAGAAGCCAACGAAAAAUGACCUCGUGUAUUUUGAGAAUUCUCCAGACUACUGUAUCAGGGACCGAGAUGCAGGCUCCCUGGGCACGGCCGGCCGCGUGUGCAACCUGACCUCCCGGGGCAUGGACAGCUGCGAAGUCAUGUGCUGCGGCAGAGGCUACGACACGUCCCGCGUCACGCGGAUGACCAAGUGCGAGUGCAAGUUCCACUGGUGCUGUGCCGUGCGCUGCCAGGACUGCCUGGAGGCCCUGGACGUGCACACGUGCAAGGCCCCGAAGAGCGCCGACUGGGCGGCGCCCACAUGACCCCAG